AUGCCUCAAGAAGCCGGUGCUAGCAAACUGACAGGACACGGUCCGACUGAUAAGGAAAGAAGGUAUGAUCGACAGCUUCGACUGUGGGCUGCGUCAGGCCAAGCUGCACUGGAGACUGCAAAUGUCCUCCUGGUCAACGCCAGCUCUGGGACUGUUGGUGUUGAAGUGCUCAAGAAUUUGGUUUUGCCAGGUUUGUUUCCCGCCAGAAUUGGAAAAUUUGUCAUUGCCGAUGAGGCCAUUGUGCGGGAUGAAGAUCUAGGUGUCAACUUCUUCCUCGACGAGGAUUGCCUAGGAAAACCGCGAGCUCUUUGUUGCGUGAACAGACUUGUAGAGCUCAAUCCUGAGGUCUCGGGAGAUUGGUAUCCCAAGGAAGAUGUCAGUAGUCUCGAGCAACGCCCCGCUCCUCUGGACCUUGACAUGAUCACAGCUUCUUCGGGACCAUUUACUAUCAUUGCCUAUACUUUGCCUCUGCAUCAAGAUCGUGUUUGCUUCCUCGAAACGUAUGCUAGGCAACAAAACAUUCCCCUCCUUAGCGUUUGUAACGUUGGUUACUAUUCAUACUUCACGCUAAAGCUGCCUGGGGAUCUUCCAAUCGUGGAUACUCACCCAGAUGGAGAUGCGACUGCGGACUUGAGAUUGUUAGACCCCUGGCCCGAAUUGUCUAAGUUCUCACGCGAGAUGACCCAGGAUAUUGACAAUCUUGAUGACCACGACCACGGGCAUUUACCUCUUGUUGUUAUUCUACUCCAUUAUCUUGAAAAAUGGAAAUCUUUGCACAGUGAUGCACUACCUCUAUCGUACUCUGAUAAAGUAGCGUUUCGAAGCUUUGUCGCCGAUGGCGCUAGGAGGGACAACCCUGAGGGAGGAGAGGAAAACUUCGAAGAGGCUGUUUCUGCGGUGAUGAAACACGUAAACCCGUCCUCGCUGCCACGUUUCCUGGAGCAGGUUUUCGACUAUAUCGAGGUAACGGAGGUAAGUCCCUCUUCCCCAGUUUUCCAUUAUUGUUAUUCAGAGGCUGUCAGACAAUUCUAUCAAAAGCAUUCUCAACUCCCAUUGCAGGGCGGUGUACCCGAUAUGAAGGCUCAGUCUAGCACUUACAUGAAACUUCAGUCUCUCUACAAAGCCAAAGCAAGACAGGACAUAUCCGACAUAGUGGAUAUUGUACGCACGCUUAAAGGUGGUGGAAGAAUUGCCCGGGGUGACGUGGAACUAUUCUGCAAGAACGCAAAAUUUAUCAAGCUGGUGCGCAGCUCAGAAGAUCUCAAAAAUGACGAAUUGUCUGCAGUUGCAGGACCGGAAAUGCCUACCUCAUUGAUUCAUAUCUAUCUUGCUCUGCGCGCCUCCUUUAUAGCCCCCACAGAGAGUGCAGAAGAGAUCACAAACGUUGUCACGAAUUCUAUCCCAAGUCUUGUUGGGAACCAGAGCAUCUUGCAGGCGGCUCGGGAAAUCGUGCGGUCAAAUCGAGGGGAGAUUCACAACACAGCAGCGGUUACGGGGGGAAUGGUUUCACAGGAAAUGAUCAAGCUCAUCACAAGGCAAUAUAUUCCAAUUGAUAACACCUGUAUAUUUGAUGGAAUAGAGAGCCGCUCUCAAGUGUUGCGUUUGAACCUCAGCAAGGACCACCUUCAACCUUGA